UAUGCAGUAAAAUUAAAGAAAAAAUAAUUAUAAUCAAAACAGCAUCAUAACAGAUGUGAAUGAAAUUAUUAAAUAAUAUCAUGUUUCAAUGUUUAAGGAACAAGAAGAAAGGUCUUGGAAAAAUCAAAAAAAAACCAAAUUCAUAUUGUUAUAAGAAAAAAAAAACAACGAUAAUAAAUUCAUAACUUCUUAUCAAUUACUUGAACUACGAUUAAAACAACAUUAAAUUUAGAAAGAUAAAUCAAAAAUAUUUAUUAAUGGAAAUAGAUUAUAAACAAUAAGUGAUAUUACAUAUAGCACAAUUAAUAAAGAAUGA